CCAAGCAACGACGUGAAGUGGGUUACUUUCAUCAUCUCCCUCUUCCUGCAUCUCGACUGGAAACUAGACGGUUCUGAUGUCGUAAUAUGAAGGGUUUUAUUUUCAUCUUCAUCUCUCUGUUCCUCCUUCCAGCCUUGAACUCCUCCAUUGCAGCUGAUACCAUUUCUCCAUCACAAUCCAUCACCGGCUCGAAUACCUUGGUUUCUUUCAACCAAAGAUUUGUACUAGGACUCUUCUCCCCUUCCAAUUCUGCAGCAUGGUAUUUAGGCUGGUACAAGAAGUUUCCAGAUGUUGUUUGGGUUGCAAACAGAGAAAAGCCACUUCCAGAUGUAAAUGGAGCCUUGACAUUAUUAGAAAAUGGCAGUCUUAUUCUUUCAGACCAAAAGAACAACACGGUUUGGUCCUCAAAUACUUCCAGAGUUGCUGAGAACCCAAUUGCGCAGCUCUUGGUGACUGGAAAUCUUGUUGUUAGAGACCAGGCGCCUUUGACAGCAACAGCAGACUCCGAAAGUUAUGUGUAUCAAAGUUUUGAUUACCCAUCAGACACGCUUUUACCAGAUAAGGUGGGGUGGGAUUUUAGGACUGGCCAAAACCAUUUCUUGACUAGUUGGAAAAAUGCAACUGAUCCGUCCCCUGGAGAAUAUACUAAUAGGAUUGAUAACCCUGAGUUGCCUCAGCUUGUUGUUGCUCAAGGAUCAAAGAAAGUUGUUAGGACAGGACCUUGGAAUGGUCUUCGAUUUACAGGUACUACUGGUUCGGUUGCUCAAAGCAAACCAUUUCUGGUACCAAUCUUUGUGUACAAUACCAAUGAGUUGUAUUACAAAUCUGAGGUUACUGAUGAUUCUAUUCUGACAAGAGUGACACUGACUGAGUUGGGUUUAGCUCAGCGGCUGGUGAUGAAUGAAGGGAACAGCAAAUGGGGUGUUAUGUACACUCUGCAGAACAAUCAGUGUGAUGAUUAUGGUGAGUGUGGGGCAAAUGGCAUUUGCAAGAUAUACAAAUCACCGAUUUGUGAAUGCUUGCAGGGGUUUGUUCCCAAAUCUCCAAACGAAUGGGAGUUUCUUAACUGGACAAGCGGGUGCACGAGGAGGACACCAUUGCAUUGUCAGAAAGGGGAAGGGUUUGUGAAGAUUAAUAAUGUGAAACUGCCAGAGUAGUUGGAUUUUCGGGUGGACAAAAACUUGCUUAACAAGGAGGAAUGUGAGGCAGAGUGUUUGAGGAUCUGUUCCUGUAUGGCUUAUGCUAAUUCAGACAUUACCAGUGGAGACAAAGCAUGUCUAAUGUGGUUUGGCAAGCUGAUUGAUAUGCGGGAGAUCGUUGAAGAUGGUGAACGGAUAUAUAUUCGGAUGCCAGCUUCCUAACUAGGUGGUACCAGCAAGAAACAUAGAAGAGUACUGCUCAUCUCAGUCAUAUCAUCAGCAGGUUUUGUUAUGCUGGUAUAUGUAUCUGAAGAAGAAACAAAAGGAAACGGGCUCAAGAACCAGUGAGUAAGACUUGGAGUUGCCACUGUUUGAUUAUGGUACAAUUGCAAUUGCUACUAAUGACUUCUCCGGGACAAAGGUUUUGGUUCGGUUAACAAGGCCAAGUUAACUCAAGAAGAGUUUGUAGCAAUAAAGAGACUCUAGAGAGAUUUUGGGCAAGGUCUUGAAGAGUUUAAGAAUGAAGUUACUAUGAUAGCCAAUCUUCAACACUGGAACCUUGUUAAACUUCUGGGAUGCUGGAUUGAAGGAGAAGAAAGGAUGCUGAUAUAUGAGUACAUGCCAAACAAAAGCUUGGACUGCUUUAUUUUUGAUGAAAACAAGAAGUUGUUGCUGAACUGGCAAAAGCGGCGCGACAUAUUAAUUGGAAUUGCUAGAUGGCUUCUUUACCUACAUGAAGACUCCAGGCUAAGAAUCAUUCAUAGGGACCUUAAGAGUAGCAACAUCUUACUCGAUGAUGAGCUGAACCCUAAAAUAUCUGACUUUGGUAUAGCAAGGAUUUUUGGACGCAAUCAGACUGAAGCUUAAACCAAACGGGUCAUUGGGACAUAUGGAUAUAUGUCCCCAGAGUAUGCAAUUGCUGGGAAGUUUUCAGUGAAAUCUGAUGUCUUCAGUUUUGGAGUGCUUUUGUUAGAGAUAGGAAGUGGCACAAAGAACAGAAGGUUUCAUCAUCCUGAUCACCAUCACAAUCUUUUAGGACAUGAAAGUAUCAGUUAUUUUUUGCCAAAAAAAGAAGUAUCAGUUAUUUGGUUGGAUAACUUUCAGCAUUUGGUGUCUCUAAUCUCUAAACUUGCAUAUGGAACCCCAAAUAGAACGUCCUAGGACCUUAUUCGAGAUGCUCCUAGGGACUCAAAUCACAAGUGAAGAACAUAAAAGUUGGAUAUGUCACAGUUUUUGUAUUUUUUUUUCGCUUUUUUUUCUAUGUAUUUUAACACUGCUGCUCUCAUUUUAACUUUUACAAGGUGAAUAUCUCUCUAACGGUCUAACCAUUACAUCUUUCUGGUUUCUUGCCACAAUAAAGCUGUAUUAAUUUUGCCAGUUAACAAU